GACGAGCUCUGGUUGGAUCGCCUACUGCAGAAGUUUCCUCAUUAAUGUCACAUAAGCUGUACCAGAGAGUCUCUUACCUUGAUAAAUGGGUUUGAGGCCUCGCAGCACUAUCCACCCUUCAGAUUCUUCCUGGCAAGCGUGGGCGACAUUUCCUGAUGUGGUUUUCUUCCAUUUUAAAUUUUGGACUUCCAUGUUAAGCCUUGACUGAGCAGCAUGGAGGGUCUGAAGGCCAAGUCCUCUCAGUUCACUCUGGAGGGAGAGCCCUUCCGCAUCCUGGGUGGCUCCAUACAUUACUUUCGUGUCCCCAGAGCCUACUGGGAGGACCGUCUGCUGAAGAUGAAGGCCUGCGGUCUCAACACGCUCACAACAUACGUGCCGUGGAAUCUGCAUGAGCCUGAGAGAGGAACGUUCAACUUUCAGGAUCAGCUGGACCUCAAGGCGUUUGUCACUUUAGCAGGAGAUCUAGGCCUGUGGGUGAUCCUGCGUCCUGGGCCUUACAUCUGUGCUGAAUGGGAUCUCGGUGGGUUGCCUAGCUGGUUAUUACAGGAUAAAGAAAUGCAGCUGAGGACAACUUACCCUGGAUUUGUGGAUGCUGUCAACCGCUACUUUAACAAACUCAUCUCAGUUAUCAAACCUCUGAUGUUCGAAGAGGGAGGCCCAAUUAUUGCCGUACAAGUUGAGAACGAGUACGGAUCCUACGCCAAAGAUGAGAACUACAUGCCAUUUAUAAAGAAUUGUCUGGAGUCCAGAGGCAUCAAAGAGCUCCUGCUGACCUCAGAUAACUGGGAGGGCUUGAGAUACGGAGGCAUAGAUGGAGUGCUGAAAACAAUAAACCUUCAGCGACUCUCAUUUGGAGCCAUCCACCACUUAGCCAACAUGCAGCCCCAGAAACCUCUGAUGGUGAUGGAGUACUGGUCCGGGUGGUUCGAUGUUUGGGGAGAAUAUCACCACGUGUUUCAUGCUGAGGACAUGGUAGCUGUUGUGUCAGAGAUCCUGGAGAGAGGCGUCUCCAUUAAUCUGUACAUGUUCCAUGGGGGAACCAGCUUUGGCUUCAUGAAUGGAGCGAUGGACUUAGGGACCUACAAACCUCAGGUCACCAGUUAUGAUUAUGACGCCCCACUGUCUGAGGCUGGAGAUUGCACGCUAAAAUUUCAGCUUUUGAGGAAUGUAUUCAGCCAGUACCACUCUGAGCCUCUUCCUAAAGUUCCUUCUCCUCCGGAAAGAAAAGCCUACGACCCCAUCCCCAUCCAGCAGCACCUAUCACUGUGGGACAGCCUGCACUUUACUGACAAACCAUGCAGGUCAGACAGACCAGUAAACAUGGAGAACCUCCCUGUCAACAAUAACAACGGUCAGUCCUAUGGAUACACGCUGUAUGAAACCACCAUCAGCUGUGGAGAAACCCUCAACUCCAGGAAUAACAUCAGAGACAGAGCACUGGUUUUCAUGAACAGACAACACGUUGGCUUUUUAGACUACAAGACUCAUGAGCUGACUCUCCCUAAAGGAAAGGGAGAGAGGACAUUGAGCUUUCUAGUGGAAAACUGUGGAAGAGUGAAUUAUGGCAAAGCUCUGGAUGAACAGCGCAAAGGUAUUGUUGGAGACAUUUUUCUGGAUCACACCCCUCUUAGAGGAUUUACCAUCUUCUGUUUGGACAUGAAACCAGGAUUUCUGAAAAGAAUUUUGAGUUCAGGUCACUGGAAGUCUGACAUAAAGUCGCCCUCCAUCCCAGGAUUUUUCUUAGCCCGACUGCAUGUAGAUGGCCAUCCUAAAGACACCUUCAUCAGACUCCCUGGUUGGGGUAAAGGAGUCGUAUUUGUCAAUGGGAAGAACCUUGGACGUCAUUGGUUCAUUGGUCCCCAACAUUUCCUUUACCUCCCAGGACCAUGGCUCAAAAGUGGAGAGAAUCAGAUUGUUGUUUUUGAAGAGCAAAAAGCAGAAGACACGAUAAUGUUUGCUGAAAAUCCAGAGCAUGGGAAAACUAUCGACGUUUACAAACUUCCAUUCUGCACAUUGCUUUGAAAAUUAUAUAAGGCAACGAUAUGUAGCUAUCUUAUUUAUUCCCAUGAUUAGGGUGUGCCCAUGUAUGUUUUGACAUCAGGUAGCUCAGGACAGCUGCAGAAAGUAACACAGCCUGGAAAUGCAUGUUAAAGCAGUUGAUGUUAAGACUAUCCUUAGAAAAGUCCCAUUAGAAUAUUAGUGUGGCAGCCUGUGGCCAGCAUCAAACAGGAUUUCAUGUAAAGGUAUCAAUUUUGAUUAAAUUAGGGAAUAAAACAGUCAUCCCAAACUACCAAGCACGUUACUGAAAAAUGAUUUUGUGUCAGCUGUGACACUUUAUUCAAAUCUCAUGCACACUUCAUUUUUCAUAUAAACAAAGUAAACAUCUUGAGCAAUCCAGAAAUGUAUCUGUUGGUUUGUGUUUUUUAUACAUGAGAAGAGUAUGAUCACGAAAGAAUAGCAAAAAAACGGUCCUAAUGCACUUUAAUUCUCCUUAUUUAAGUCAUUUUAUUCUUAUUUACUAACCACGCCACCUUAAAGUAUUGUUCCUCUCCGUUCAAUUAAUUCAAUAAAGCCUAACAGAUUUCAGUAUGAACUUUGCUUUGCAGAAGUUACGUUACAACCUGUGAAAGAAGGCUCCUCAUUGGUCAAGAGGCUUGUCUAUCACGACAUAUGUAACAUUAAGGCUCCAGAGGCUUUAGGCAGGAAUAGGAUUCGCUUUCCUUCAAAAUAAAGGAGAAAAUCUUUUGGGUGCGUUAGCAGCACAAAAAAGGUACAGUCAACAUAUAUAUAUAUAUUAGCUAUUGCUAAUUUUCGUUAUGAAUUAUGGGUAUUCGUGU